CUCAGUUUUCACGAAUCCCACCUCCUUGGGUGGGUAAAGGGACAUUGACCCCAAUCCGACUUCAAUAUGAAUACUGGAUCAGCUUACGUGUACUCCCGGCGUGUACUGCACAGUCCACCGACAAUCUAGGAUCGAGCGAGUGGGUCAACUCUAGCAGACGACCAAUUAGCUAAAGAAAAUUCAUUUGAACAAUGGAUUACAAUAUUGAUGGAAAAUUGGCUGCAGCUGUGAUGUACAUAUUUGGACUGCUGAGUUCAACAUGGAUUGUUACCAUGGCAACUGAUAGUGCUGGUUGUAGAGAUGCUGAAAGUUUUUUGAAGUACAGAAAGAUAGAGCCUUCCACCACUCCUUACACUGAACCUCUUAUCUCUACUGUCAAAGCCACAUUUGGAAUGGGAUGUUUCUGGGGAGUGGAGGCAUCCUUCGGAGCGUUGCCGGGUGUGGUCAGGGUCAAGGCUGGUUACACCGGUGGAAAGCUGGAGGACCCCAAUUACAGAAGAUUGGGAGACCACACAGAGGCUGUUGAAAUUGAGUUUGAUCCGACAAAAACAAGUUACAGGGAACUCUUGAGAGUAUUUUACCAAGAUCACGAUGCGACCGAGCUUUACAAGACCCAAUACAUGUCUGCUAUUUUCUAUCAUGAUGACGUACAGCACCACCAAGCCGAGGCGUCAUUACAGGCUGAACAGAAAAGGAGAGAAACGCUGGAGGUUGUGACAAAGAUUUUACCGGCGGGAAAAUUUUACCCUGCAGAAGACUACCAUCAAAAGUACUUUCUUCGCCAGCAGCAUGCACUUGUUGCGAGCCUCGAUCUCAAAGAUGCAGAUUUCUUGUCCUCUUCCCGGACCUCCCGGUUGCUAGGAUACAUGAGUGGACCAGGCACAUUGGAAGCUUUUAAUGCCGAAGUAGAGAGUCUAGCACUAAGUUCGUCUCAGGCUGAUUUUAUGCGUGUGCUCAUCGAGAAUAAAGAUGGCGGAACAUGUCAUCGAUGAUACUGUGUGAAUGAUAUGUGAUGCUUUUGGGGAGCCUGCACAUUUUCAUAUUUUCACAGAUAUAUAGCACAACAAAAAUGCUGUUCAUCAUCGUUAUCAUUGUUAUAGUCUUCAUCAUUACUCUUCAACAAAGGCAAUAUGUGCUUUAUAUUUAGUUUUUAAUUGAAUCGAAGGUUGAUAAUGUGUGUUUGAAGAUGAAAUUUGAAUUCAUGAUGCAUAUAAUGGAUAUAUAUUUUGUGUUGAUUAUUGUUAUUAUUAUUAUUAUUAUCAUUAUUAUUAUUAUUGUUAUCAUUAUUACCUCUAAUCGGCAGCCCACUGAUAAAACAAGAGAAUGCAAAAUGUCUGUAGAUUACAUAUUGUGAUGUGUUUAUAUUAAUGCCUGCAUGUGCAGACUUUGAUACACAUGUUGAAACUGAUGAAUAGUAUACAAAUAGCGAAUAGGCAUGAGUGCAACGGUGCGAGAUUUUGCAUGAGGUGAAAGAAAGAU